AUGGCUGACCUCAUUAUUGAAUGCAAUGUCCACUACGCACCAAAAGCCUGGAAUACAGUCAAAUUGGUGUCCUCAGAUGCCAACACUGGAAUUUUAGCUGUCGGACAUGUGAAUGGAACGACCCAAAGCGACAACAACGCGUACCAACUAAACUUUCAAGCUGAUGAUAGUAACGUUUCAAUAAGCCUAGUCUUCCCAAACACAACGAAACACUGUUUUGCCAGGAGUAACUACACGUGUUCACUACAUAGAAAUGAGGAUGUCUUUGUAGAGACAACGGAAUAUAUUUCCACCCCAGUUGAAGAAGCAGCACAGAAUCCUGAAAUAGAAGGAAUCACAACAGUGAACGAGGGUGACACAUAUACAGUUAACUGUUCCGGAGACCUGGCUCCGCCAUCUACUACACUCGACCUCUACACAAGAACGGCAAACGCCACAUCCUUUACAAAGUCCUCAGUCGAUGCCCUAGUUACUAUUGGUAAUCUCACCGAAUCCUGCUACCUCCAAACAACAAAGAGUUACAAUCUGAUUGCUGACAGAACAGAUAAUGGUACAGAGAUGAGGUGUGAGGCAGUUAACACAUCUCCAGGCUCACAGACGAUUUCGGAUUCACGAAUGAUUGUGGUGAACAUUGCCGAAAUGCAACUCGUUAGCUCACUCUCAUCUCCUAAUGGUGACCUCAUUAUUGAAUGCAAUGUCCACUACGCACCAAAAGCCUGGAAUACAGUCAAAUUGGUGUCCUCAGAUGCCAACACUGGAAUUUUAGCUGUCGGACAUGUGAAUGGAACGACACAAAGCGACAACAACGCGUACCAACUAAACUUUCAAGCUGAUGAUAGUAACGUUUCAAUAAGCCUAGUCUUCCCAAACACAACGAAACACUGUUUUGCCAGGAGUAACUACACGUGUUCACUCUAUAGAAAUGAGGAUGUCUUUGUAGAGACAACGGAAUAUAUUUCCACCCCAGUUGAAGAAGCAGCACAAAAUCCUGAAAUAGAAGGAAUCACAACAGUGAACGAGGGUGACACAUAUACAGUGAACUGUUCCGGAGACCUGGCUCCGCCAUCUACUACACUCGACCUCUACACAAGAACGGCAAACGCCACAUCCUUUACAAAGUCCUCAGUCGAUGCCCUAGUUACUAUUGGUAAUCUCACCGAAUCCUGCUACCUCCAAACAACAAAGAGUUACAAUCUGAUUGCUGACAGAACAGAUAAUGGUACAGAGAUGAGGUGUGAGGCAGUUAACACAUCUCCAGGCUCACAGACGAUUUCGGAUUCACGAAUGAUUGUGGUGAACGUUGCCGAAAUGCAACUCGUUAGCUCACUCUCAUCUCCUAAUGGUGACCUCAUUAUUGAAUGCAAUGUCCACUACGCACCAAAAGCCUGGAAUACAGUCAAAUUGGUGUCCUCAGAUGCCAACACUGGAAUUUUAGCUGUCGGACAUGUGAAUGGAACGACCCAAAGCGACAACAACGCGUACCAACUAAAAUUUCAAGCUGAUGAUAGUAACGUUUCAAUAAGCCUAGUCUUCCCAAACACAACGAAACACUGUUUUGCCAGGAGUAACUACACGUGUUCACUCUAUAGAAAUGAGGAUGUCUUUGUAGAGACAACGGAAUAUAUUUCCACCCCAGUUGAAGAAGCAGCACAAAAUCCUGAAAUAGAAGGAAUCACAACAGUGAACGAGGGUGACACAUAUACAGUGAACUGUUCCGGAGACCUGGCUCCGCCAUCUACUACACUCGACCUCUACACAAGAACGGCAAACGCCACAUCCUUUACAAAGUCCUCAGUCGAUGCCCUAGUUACUAUUGGUAAUCUCACCGAAUCCUGCUACCUCCAAACAACAAAGAGUUACAAUCUGAUUGCUGACAGAACAGAUAAUGGUACAGAGAUGAGGUGUGAGGCAGUUAACACAUCUCCAGGCUCACAGACGAUUUCGGAUUCACGAAUGAUUGUGGUGAACGUUGCCG